AGAUGCUCCAGAAGGGGUAGGAAUAGAGCUUCAUCAGAGGAAAAUAGAUGAACCUGGUUGGUACAACAUAGCUUCCCCAGACCCACCCACCCACCCCUCCCUGAGCUCUGUACUCCAGCGGCGGGGGUUGGUGGCGAGUGGCGCGGAAGGGGCAGUUCCAGCAGCGGCUGCUUUGAGGGGGGGUAGAAACAAAAUCUGCAGGUCGAAAUCAGAGCAGGGUGACUUCACCUUCAAGAGGGUGAGCUCUCCUGACCUCUCGGGCUAGCUCCGCUCCUUCCACGGCCGGGGAUCUGCCCGCUCGCUGAGGGGUCGCGGAGCGCCGGCUGGACCCGCCCGAGCUCCAUGGUUUGCCCAGCCCUGCGCGAUGCUGACUCCGGGCGCCGAGGUGGGCGCGGGGCGAGCCCGCCGCUCGCACAAUGAAGGCGGGGAGCGCGGCCGGCGGCCGCCGGGGACUGUUUCCACGACCCCCGCGCCCAGACGAGCGGCCCAACCUCCUGAACCCGGAAAACGCCAACAAGUAGUUUCUCGUUGGAGAAGGGCGGCUCGCCUGGGUGUCGGGACUCAGUCCCGCUGCCCCGAGAAGCUCGUCCACGGGGAUAUCCAAGCAGAACCACUUUAGUCUCGGUCUCGUUAAGUCAUGUCUGAGCCACAGAGAUGGGCAAGAUCGAGAACAACGAGAGGGUGAUCCUCAAUGUCGGGGGUACCCGGCAUGAAACCUACCGCAGCACCCUGAAGACCCUGCCUGGUACUCGCCUGGCCCUUCUCGCCGCCUCCGAACCCCAGGGCGACUGCCUGACGGCGGCGGGCGACCAGCUGCAGCGGUCGCCCCCUCCACUCUCGCCUCCGCCUCGACCGCCGCCACCGUCCCCCGGGCCCGGCGGCUGCUUGGAGGGCGACGCGGGCAACUGCAGUUCCCGCGGCGGCGGCAGCGACCACCCCAGGGGCGGCUGCGAGUUCUUCUUCGACCGGCACCCGGGCGUCUUCGCCUAUGUGCUCAACUACUACCGCACGGGCAAGCUGCACUGCCCCGCCGACGUGUGUGGGCCGCUCUUCGAGGAGGAGCUGGCCUUCUGGGGCAUCGACGAGACAGACGUGGAGCCCUGCUGCUGGAUGACCUACAGGCAGCAUCGCGAUGCCGAAGAGGCACUAGACAUCUUCGAGACCCCCGACCUCAUGGGCGGCGACCUGGGCGACGAUGAGGACCUGGCGGCCAAGAGGUUGGGCAUCGAGGACGCUGCUGGCCUGGGGGGCCCCGACGGCAAGUCUGGCCGCUGGAGGAGGCUGCAGCCCCGCAUGUGGGCCCUCUUCGAGGACCCCUACUCGUCCAGAGCCGCCAGGUUUAUUGCUUUUGCUUCUUUGUUCUUCAUCCUGGUUUCAAUCACAACCUUUUGCCUGGAGACCCAUGAAGCUUUCAACAUUAUUAAAAACAAGACAGAACCAGUCAUCAAUGGCACAAACGUUGUUCUACAAUACGAAAUCGAAACAGAUCCUGCCUUGACGUAUGUAGAAGGAGUGUGUGUGGUGUGGUUUACUUUUGAAUUUUUAGUGCGUAUUGUUUUUUCUCCCAAUAAACUUGAAUUCAUCAAAAACCUCUUGAAUAUCAUUGACUUUGUGGCCAUCCUACCCUUCUACUUAGAGGUGGGACUCAGUGGGCUCUCAUCCAAAGCUGCUAAAGAUGUACUUGGCUUCCUCAGGGUGGUAAGGUUUGUGAGGAUCCUGAGAAUCUUCAAGCUCACUCGCCAUUUUGUAGGUCUGAGGGUGCUUGGACAUACUCUUCGCGCUAGUACUAAUGAAUUUUUGCUGCUGAUAAUCUUCUUGGCUCUGGGAGUUUUGAUAUUUGCUACUAUGAUCUACUAUGCCGAAAGAGUAGGAGCUCAACCGAACGAUCCUUCAGCUAGUGAUCACACGCAGUUCAAAAACAUUCCUAUUGGGUUCUGGUGGGCUGUGGUGACCAUGACCACAUUGGGCUAUGGGGAUAUGUACCCCCAAACAUGGUCAGGGAUGCUGGUAGGAGCCCUAUGUGCUCUGGCUGGAGUGCUGACGAUAGCCAUGCCGGUGCCUGUCAUUGUCAACAACUUUGGAAUGUACUACUCCUUGGCAAUGGCGAAGCAGAAACUUCCACGAAAAAGAAAGAAGCACAUCCCUCCUGCCCCCCAGGCAAGCUCACCUACUUUUUGCAAGACUGAAUUAAAUAUGGCCUGCAAUAGCACACAGAGUGACAUGUGUCUGGGUAAUGACAAUCGACUUCUGGAACAUAACAGAUCAGUGCUAUCAGGUGAUGACAGCACAGGACGUGAGUCGCCAUUAUCACCCCCAGAGAGGCUCCCCAUCAGACGCUCUAGUACCAGAGACAAAAACAGAAGAGGGGAAACAUGUUUCCUACUGACGACAGGGGAUUACACGUGUGCUUCUGAUGGAGGGAUCAGGAAAGAUAACUACAGAGAGGUUGUCAUUACUGGUUACACGCAAGCCGAGGCCAGAUCCCUGACUUAAUGGCUUGGGGAAGGCACAAAACAUGAGAGACAGUGUUGUACGGAAUUUAUCAUGGAUUUUUGACUGCUGAAAAAGGGACAGUGGAAUUUAGCCAUACCAAGGACUAUACUGGAAACAGACUUCUGCUGCUGAGCGUGCCCUGAAGUGACCAGGUUGCAGUUGGAAGAUGUCCCCGCGUCUUCAUGAAGCAUUCAAAGCUCACAAAAGAACUGUGGCUGGAACUCAUUUGGUGCUCCCCAUAUGAGUGGUCUGCUUCUGGACUGGCCAGUGUCAAUGAAACAACUGUAAAUACCAACACGUGUGCAUGGGUCAAUAGUUUUGGCCAUCUCACAUCAAAGGGAGCCAAAUUCAUGAUGCACAUUUCUGAAGCUUCAAGUAUGGCCCAUACCUCUGUGAAUUACCCCUCCUGGGCCCGCAGUAGAUUGUGCUGUGAAUCAUACAAGGCAGUGAUUCUGGUGUAGUAUCGGUCUGUCUUAAUUUCCCGUAUUUCUUCUUUGUUGGUUGGAUCCACAAACAUUAACUGUACCAUUUUCUUAUAAACCACUUAUGUUAUAAGCUUGUCAUAUUAUGUUGUGAAAUUUUCAGUGCCUAUUUAUCAAAACUGAUGUAUUUUUAGUCCCAUAUUUGUUUAGUUCUGAAAAAUCGCUGAUAAAAAAAAAACAAAAAAACAAAAAAACUCAGCAUUAUUCAUAGUUUGUCUUUUGUCAUUGUUACCUCAAUCAUAAAUAUUAUAGAAAAAUUCUGGCAAUGAGAGUAUUUUUUUACUAAAUGAUCAAGGAGCAAUGUUAGUAUAUAGUAGAAUAUUAAUCAAAUUAUAUCUUGAAAUGUAUAUUUUGCAUAAAAGAGAUAUUCUUCAAUCACUUUUUUUGUGUGAAUUUUGUGGCAAAUGAAGCUUGUACUUGUCUUUAAACUGUUGUAGUUGAAACUGUAUAAAUAUUCUUCAUCUUGCUUAAUCAAUAUUUCUAUUAGUUCCCCUGGGAUUCUGAAUAUAACAUAAAACCUUACGAUGAACCCCUGUAUUGUGGACCUUUUGUGAGCAUUUCGAGGUGCAUGCACAACCUUGAUGAUAACCGUGAAAAUGUAACUAACUGAAAUGCAGAAUAAAAGGCAAAUAAGCUGGGGAUAAGCUUGAAUUCUUAUCUGAUUAAAUUAUUCAUAUUCUU